AUGCUCAGCCUCGCCAACGCUACUGCGCCGAAUACCGGCAAGAAGAGGCAGCUGUGUUUGGAACAGGGACCACUUGGCGCCUGCGUCGAUUCUAAAAGGCGUCGAUGUGAAACCAGCGACAAACUCGCAAAGUCUAUCGCAGUUCCGGCAGCCGCAUUAUCCGCCUUGGAAAUGUCGGAAGUUUCAAGCGCUAGAGAGCAGCUUUCUGAGGAAGAGCUAUACCGGGGCCGCAAAAGAUGGAGAGCAGGUAGUGAGCCGCUUGAUUGGGAUAACGUGAAGUGGUGCCUGGGUGAUAGCAUGGUCGCGAGCUUUGAGGACAACCCCGAGAAACUCGGAGCUGAAUCUACGAUGAAAGCAUCGACUUCGGAUCCAUAA